GCCGAACCCGCCCGAACGGAGCCGAACCCACCUGAAUAGGGGCCGAGCGGAGCCGAACCCACCCGAGCGGAGCCGAUCCUGCCCGAAGAGGGGCUGAACCCACCCGAACGGAGCCGAACCUGCCUGGAGGAGGGCUGAACCUGCCCGAGGAGGGGCUGAACCCACCCGAAGAGGGGCUGAACCCACCCAAAGAGGGGCUAAACGGGGUCGAACGGAGCCGAACCCACCCGAGUGGAGCCGAACCCACCCGAACGGAGCCGAAGAGGACCCGAACGGAGCCGAAGAAGGGCCGAGCGUAGCCGAAGCGGCCCGAGGAGGGGCCGAACGCCCCUGGCCGCACAGCCCUCGGGCCGGGGAUGGUGGCGGCUCCUCCCGCCGCGGCCGCCGCCAUGCGCCGGGGGUUCCUGGUGCCCGAGAUCCGCCCGCUCGAUCAGUACGACGGGGCGAGGGCUCGCAGCGCCGCCAGCCUCGCCUGGGCCAUCGCCACCGGCUACGGGGGGGCAGAUAAGGUCCCCGAGGAGCUCCGGGACCCCUUCUACACGGACCAGUACCAACAGGAGCACCUGAAGCCGCCGGUGGCGCGCGUGCUGGUGGGCUCCGACCUCUACUGCCGCGCGUGGCGAGAGGCCCUGGGCCCCCCCGCGCCCCCCGACACCGCCGCCAUCUUGGCCGCCCUGCGCCGCCGCGGCCUCGCCCCCACCCUGCGGCAGCAGCCCCUGCGCGAGGCCGACCUGCGCCAGCGCCCCAUCCUACUG